CAUAUAGGCAUAUUUCAACUUGGCUCAGAUCAGUGUUCAUUAUCUGCAGCCAACCAGAAAAGGAUCCUUUUAUUCCCACUUGCUGCCUCCCAGCAAUCAGCCAACGCUCUAAAUAUGCCAGUAACUUUCUUGUAAUACCAAGGGUUCUUAAGUUGGUAAGCUGCCUCGUGUGUGGCACCUUGUUAAAGACCUACUGAAAGUCCAAAUAUACAACACCUACUGCAUCCCCUUUAUCAAUCCUACUUGUAAUCUCCUUAAAGAAUUCCAACAGAUUCAUCAGGUAAGAUUUCCCCUUAAAAAAGCCAUGCUGACUUUGUCUUAUCUUGUCCUCUGUCACCAAGUACUCCAUAACCUCAUCCUUAACAAUUGACUCCAAUAUCUUCCCAACCACUGAGGUCAGGCUAACUGGUCCUUUCUGCUGCCUUCCUCCUUUCUUAAGAGUGGAAUGACAUUUGCAAUUUUCCAGUCCUCUGGCACCAUUCCAGAGUCUAAUGAUUUUGAAAGAUCAUUACGAGGGUUUACACAAUCUCUACCACUACCUCUUACCCUUGAGUGCAGAUCAUCUGGCCCAGGUGAUUUAUGUUCCUUUAGGUCUUUCUGCUUUUUGAGCACCUUCUCCCUUGUAAUAGUAACUUCACUCACUUCUCUUCACUCACACUCUUCUCUUAUAGCACUGUAAUUUCCUUUACUCCACUGGAAUACUUAUAUCAGAGUUUACUUUCUCCCUAUCAAAUUUCAGGUUGAACUCAAUCAAACCCUUAGGAGGAUGACUACCUCCUAAGGGUUCUUUUACCUUAAGUUCGCAAAUCACCUCUGGUUCAUUUGAUAACACCCAAUCUAGUAUAACGGAUCCCCUUGUCAGCUUAACAACAAGUUGCUCUAAAAACUCACUUUCUUGAGAUCCAUUACAAACCUGAUUUUUCCAAACGAUUUGCAUAUUAAAAUCUCCCAUGAAUAUCAUAACAUUGCCCUUUUGACACACAUUUUCUAUUUCCUGGUGUAAACUGUUCGCUGACUGCCUUCAGUAGCAUGAUUUUAUAACUGGAAUUAGGUUAACCAUUAAUUAGUAAACUAAACUGAUGAUCACAUAGAACUUCCUAAGCAGAUAUAUUAUAAUAUUCUUUACUUCCUCUUGUCAAACAGUACAUGGAACUCCACAGCUUUCAUUCGAGGCUCUCAAUAUAAAGCAUAGAAAGUAGGGAUGGAAUAAAAUAUUUGGAAAAUCACUGAAAUUUCCUCAAAAUGAAUGAGAGAAACAAGAUAUAGGAAUGAGGCUUGAAUGCUAAAAAUGGGAAACAAAGGUGAAGAUAUAGCUAUUGUUGGAAUAGGAUGUAAUUUUCCUGGAGGAGAAGGCAUUGAUAAUUUCUGGAAAGUCCUUCUUGAGGGAAGAAACUGUGUGGAUGAUAUUCCAGCAAUUCGUUUCGAUACAAUGUUCUGGCAUGACACUGAUGACAACAAAGCAGGAAAGAUGAUCACAAAACGAGCAAGUUUAAUCAAAGGGUUUAAUGAGUUUGAUCACAAGCUCUUUAACAUAAGUCAAACAGAGGCCAAUAGUAUGGACCCACAGCAGAAACUUCUGUUGGAGUGCACGUACAAAGCGUUUGAGAAUGCAGGGAUGCCCAUGGAAAACAUCAGUGGGAGUAAAACAGGUGUUUUUAUUGGACUCAUGAAUCGUGAUUUUGAAGGGAUUUCAAAUAGCGCCGCCAACAAAAUCACCCAUUAUAACGGGACAGGGUCAGCAAUGAGUAUUGCGGCAAAUAGGAUUUCUUUUGCUUUCAACCUUACUGGACCAUCACUGGCUAUUGAUACAGCGUGCUCCUCAUCGCUUGUUGCUUUACAUUAUGCUGCUCAGGCCAUCAAGCAAGGUGAUUGUGAGAUGGCAGUUUGUGGGGGUGUGAGCUGUAUUAUUGAGCCGAGAAUCAAUGUAGCACUCAGCAAAGCAAAAAUGAUAUCUCCAGAUGGAAUGAGCAAACCAUUUUCCAACAAAGCCAAUGGGUACGGAAGAGGUGAAGGUUGUGGCAUUUUGCUGUUAAAGCCGCUCGCAAAGGCUCAGAAGGACCACGACCAUAUUUGGGGUGUAAUAGUCCGUAGUGCAAUCAACCAGGAUGGCAGAGCAGUCACACCUAUCACCAGACCGUCCCAAAAGCAGCAAGAAGAGUUACUGAGGGGUAUUUACCCCAGAAGUGUUGACCCUUCACAGAUUCAAUACGUGGAGGCUCAUGGAACCGGAACACCAGCUGGUGAUCCGACUGAAGCAGCCAGCAUAUCAAGUGUUAUUGCACAAUCCAGACACUCAGAUUUCCCUCCACUUACAAUGGGGUCAGUCAAAGGAAACAUUGGUCACACAGAAUCAGCCGCAGGAGCUGCAGGUUUAAUUAAAGUUCUCCUCAUGAUGCAUCAUGGAAAGAUUGUACCAUCACUCCACUACUCCAAGGAGAACUCGAGCAUCAAUACAAAAGAUCUGAACCUACAUAUUCCAACUAGUGUGGUGAACUGGGAAGGAAACGGGGAGAAAGGGAAGAUGGCAGGGAUCAACUCAUUUGGAUUUGGAGGGACAAAUGCUCAUGUCGUUGUAAGGCAUUUCAAGCAAGAUUCUGGUCGAAACUCUGUACAAAAACCAUUUGAAAUAUUUGUGCUUUCCGCUGUCUCCCAGAAUUCAGUGAGAAUGAUGAUAAAGGAUACAAGUAACCAAAUAAGGGAAAGUGAAGAUGUAAUUCUUCACAACCUGGCGUACACAUCUGCAUGUAGAAGAAGCCAUAAGAAUUACAGAUACAGGAAAGCAUUUAUUGCUUCUUCCCUUGGGCAUCUCCAACAGCAGCUUAGAUCAGCUGUAGAUAGUGAAGUGGCUCAGACCAAAGCUGAUGUUAAAUUGAUAUUUGUGUUUUGUGGCAACGGUGUUUUAUAUCAAGGUAUGUGCAAACAGCUUCUACAAAUAGAACCGAGGUUCAGGGCACAGAUCAAUGAGAUAGACAGGAUGCUCCAACAAUACACAGACAUCAGCUUAAUGGAGUUAAUAGAGAAUGACUGUGAUGACUUCACAAAACCAGACGUAGCACAGCCAAUACUCUUUGGCAUCCAAGUAGCAAUAGUGACUCUUCUGAAGUUUUGGGGAAUUGAGCCUGACAUUGUCAUUGGACACUCAGUUGGAGAAGUAGCUGCAGUAUAUUGUGCUGGAAUACUUUCAUUACAAGAUGCUGUAAAGGUGCUUUACCACAGAAGUGCUUUACAAUCAACGGUAACAGGAGGGAAAAUGCUGGUGGUUAGUAAUUUGCCUGUGAAAAAAGUGUCAGAUAAGCUUGAUUCCUAUUCAGGGAGACUCUGCAUUGCUGCAUUCAAUAGUCCCUCAUCAUGCACAGUGUCAGGAGAUGCCAAUGCAAUAGACAAACUGCAUACAGAAUUACACAGUUCAUUUGGUGACAAAAAUGUAUUCCUUCACCUUCUGGAUGUCCCUGCAGCAUAUCACAGUCAUUUGAUGGAACCAAUUUUAAACCAAGUGGAAGAGAGUAUUACUGAUUUACAGAAACAUGAAACAAAAGUUAAAGUAAUUUCCACUGUUACUGGAAAGUUGGUUGCCGGAAAUGACUGUGUGACAGGGAAGUAUUGGUCCAGAAACAUAGAAAACCCUGUUCUUUUUGAACAAGCCAUUAGAGCUGCUAUUGCGGAGGUAAAAGAUGCUGUGUUUAUUGAAAUAGGACCUCGAAGGGCCUUACAGAGAUACAUCAAAGACAUUGUAGGAAAUGGGGCUCAGGUUUUCCCUGCAGUGCAGCCACAAAGAGAUUAUGAAACCCUGCUUUCAGUUUUGUCAGGGCUUUUCCAAAUGGGUUACAAUCCCAAUUGGCAAAAUAUCUUUGAGGAAUGUGAGAUAGUUCCAACAUUGUAUCCAUGUUAUAAGUUUGAUCAUACUAAACUUAGCAUUAAUUUUGAAGAUUUCAGACAGGGUGACCACAAAGUGUCAUCUAUAGCUCAUCCUCUUCUCAGUAGUUCCAACAAAGAUGGCAAGGAGUAUGACUACAACCUCACACUAACAAAAGCACCUUACCUGUUGGAGCACAAGAACAAUGGAGUGCCAAUAUUACCUGGCUCCAUGCACGUUGAGCUUGCAUUAGCAUCUACCUUGGCAAGUAUUAAACCAAAGAUACCCCUCAGGUUGUGCCAAAUGAGUAUUUCUUUCCUGAAUCCCUGUAUUGUGCAGCCAAACUCAACAGAUCUCAAGGUCCAUCUUAACAGUAAAGACAAAGUGAUUGAAUUUACUGUUAUGGCAUCAGCUGUCUCUUACGCAAAAGGAGAAGUUCACCAAAACAUGGAAAGCAUUGUUGAAAAAAAUAUUCUUUCAAUUGACCAUAUUUUGCAAAGAACCAAUGAAAGGAUAAAGGCAGAAAAUAUCUAUGAUGCUAUCUCGAAAUUAGGCUUCCAGUAUUCUUCAGUCUUCAGAAACCUUGGAGAUGUGUUCUGCUCAGAUGAACUACAGGAAGCUAUAACAUAUGUUAAAGUACCAAAUGAAAUUCUCCCACAAAUGCACGAGUUUUGCAUUCAUCCGGUUAUCUUAGAUUACUACAUGCAAAUGGUUGCUAUUCUGGCAAUGAAAAUGUCAAACCUGAGGGCUGGAUUCCCAACUUCCAUUGGGAGUUUGGUGGUAUGUCAACCAAUGCAACAGGACAUGAUAAUAUACAUGAGGACCUGUAAAAAUACUGCAGAAUUUUAUGAAGUUUCUGGGGCAUUUACAGAUAGAAAGGGCACAGUAAUUGCUGAAUUAAAAAAUGUCAGAAUUACAUUCCUUGGACUAGGAAAUUCUACAGGAUUUAAUGAAAUUUCCUAUGAAAAUUCUUGGGAGGAAAUCGAUCACCUUGCCAAAGAAGUAGACAGUCGGUCUACCCCAAAAUCAUUAGUAUUUGCCGAUAACAUUGGGAUUGCUAAAGGUCUGCAAAAGCACUUGCAUAAGCAGUCCUAUUAUGUUCCUUACCAGGAUCCAGAGACCUUGAUGGAUAGAGAAGUCUCACAGAUUUUGCGACAGUACAAUGUGACUGAUUUGAACAGCUUUGAUGAAGUGUUGUUCUUGUGGGGCAUGAAAAACAUAACUAACCAGAACAGUAAAGCAGUAGUGGACCAUGUCAGCAGUUGCUGUGAGUUCUAUCGGCAAAUACUUCUACUGGUCCAAGGAAAAAAAUCCUCAAAGUCUGUUAGAACCAUAACCUACAGGACAUCUGAAAAUGCAGUGGAUCAAAUCACUGCAGGUUUUGCCUUAUGGGGAAUGACCAGAUCAUGCCUUGUAGAACUUCAAGAGAUUUCUUUUCAGCUGAUAGACAUUGGCUCUACUAAUGAGGCAGAUAUUGCAGUUCUAGCUGAUGUAAUCACUUUGCCUCAUAAUUACCCUGAAGUAAUGAUUCGACUAGGAAAGGUACAUAUUUCAUGCGUCAAAAGAGCAGCUACUAUAAAUUCCAACAAUAUUUUCAGCAUUGUACCUUACACUGGUUUUAAAAAUUUGGCUUUCCAAACAAUGAAUCCUUACAAGGUUGUAGAUUUUCAUGCAAAGCCACAAGAAUGGAAAAUGAUGGAACCUGUAAAACAAGCAGUUUAUGUUAAAAUUGAUGCAAUGUGCAUUCAUUCUUCAGAUUAUUUUCCAGUCAGUGUCUCUGCUGUGAACUUUGGACAGACGUUGUACUGGAACACAACUGUAACUAAAGGACAUGAGCUAAUUGCUCUGGACUUCAGUGGUACGGUCACAGCAGUCAGCAAAGAUGUGAAGUCCUGCAAAGUAGGAGAUCAUGUUGUUAUGUGCUACCCCGUUGCUGCAUUUUCAACAGUGAGUCUUCCUGCAUCUGUUUGUUUCAAAGCCAGUAAAGUUCCAUUUCUGAAGCAGACACCCUGUGUCUCAUACUUCAUAAUUGCCUGGGAAAUACUCCAUAACAUUUUACGUCAUCUUAAGCGUCACAAGUGCUUGUCAAUUCUCUCCUCCAGCCCAGAAUCUUGUCUCGGUAAAGUGCUGUCUCUGACAGCAAAGUCAUUGGGCUGGAAAGUACAGGUUCAAACAGAACCUAGUGACUUUUCACAAACAUAUCCUCAUUCCGAUGCAUUGCUUUUCCUGCCACCUGUUAAAGCAGCUCUAGUCACAAGGGUUGUUAACAACUCUUCUGCUGGCUAUGUUGUUGUUCUCUUUGACAACAACCAGGCAUUUGAAACUUGUGAAAACAUCCUUGGUUAUGAAAAGGAAAAUGUCCAAAUUCAUUUCUUGAAGGUAACUAACAUACUGAAAAAGUGUUAUCUGAAAAAAUCUGCUGAUGAUGUUUAUAAGUGGAUGAGAUCGUUGCGGUUACAGAGCAAACAGCUUGAUUUUCCAAGGAUUAGUUCUCACUCAGUGACCUGUGCUGUAGGUGAACGUGGGGAAGACUCCUACUUCACCUGCAAAGCUGUCUCAGUUGUGGAUCUGAAUACAAAUGAUAAGAUUUCAGAGAUACCCGUGUACCACAGUCACAAACAACUUUUUCUUUUUCAUAGAGAUGCAGCAUAUAUCGUGACAGGAGGACUUUCAGGACUUGGCUUUGAGACAGUAAAUUUUAUUGCCAAACAUGGGGGAGGAUAUGUCAUUAUUUUGUCACGAAGCAUUCCAACUACUGAAAAGCAAGAAGAAUUUAAUAAACUCAGGGAACAGUUUGGAACAAUUGUAACUAGCAGUGCAUGUGAUAUCUCAAACUUGUCAAAUGUUGAGUUAGCUAUCAGUCAUUUUCGUCAUUCCUUCCCAAAGAUCCCAAUUAAAGGAGUGUUUCACAGUGCUGUUGUAUUACAUGAUGCCCUCAUGCAAGCUCUAAAUAAAUCAUUGUUCGAUAAAGUGUUGGGUCCAAAGAUUGCAGGAGUUCUGAAUCUUCACAGUACAACAAAAUCCUUCCCACUGGAUUACUUUGUCUGCUACUCAUCAAUUGCAUCAUUCAUUGGGAAUUCUGCCCAGGCAAACUAUUCUGCAGCUAACUCUUUUCUUGACAUUUUUGUGCAUUACAGGAGAAAUCAGGGACUGGUAGGGCAGGCUAUCAACUGGGGUGCACUGAACCUUGGCCUAUUACUCAAUAAGGAUAGCAUCCAAAGAUUUCUGGAAUCAAAGGGGAUAAUGAUUUUGGAGAUUUCAGAAAUUAACCAAUGCCUUGAACAGUCCCUCGUACAAAACAAUCCACAGCUUGCUCUCUGUAAAUUUAAUUUCUCUGGUUUUCAUGCUAAUGUUGUUUCUCAAAUUCCAGCUAUGAAAGCACGACUUUAUUCCCUUGUGAAAGAUGAAAUCAGUAAAUCACAAAUCAAUCCAAUGGCAGAAUUACCCAAUAAUUCACAAAAGACUCCCGAGGAGUAUGUUAUUGAAUUGUUGAGUGAAGUCAGCAAUGCUGAUCCUACAGAGUUCACUAAAGAAACUUACCUUUCCAGCUUUGGUCUUGAUUCCAUGCUGAGUAUGACAGUGCAAAAUCGUAUUUAUCAGGAAAAAAAUAUUAAUUUACCAAUAGUGUCAUUUCUUGAUCCACAGACAACCAUAGGUACUGUUGUGUCACUGCUUGAGGAACACAAUUCUAGUCAGCCACAUUUUGUAGGAGAUCUAUCACUGCAAAAAUCUUUCAGUGUUAUGCCUUAUGAAAAUACCAGGCUCUAAGGUAGCUACAAAACCUGCAUUAAUGAAUGAAAAAUAAAUUUUCCUUUUGUAUCAAAAAUGGUAGUGAAUAAAUGUAUUGUAUUUCAUGCUCAAAUACAAAUCCAUUGUUCUUGAUUUACUAUUGAUAUUGAAGUGGUGAAUUAAAUGUGCUUUUUCUCUAAUGCUGAUUACUUUUCUAUUGCCUAUUACAUAUAUUUUAAAGAGAAUGCAAUGACUUGAGUUCUGAAUAGGUUUUUACACGUUUAGUUUGUAAAGCAAAAGUAAUUUCCCUUCAUCUUCUGUAUAUAGCAAAUAUUCCAUGAUAUGAUGCUGUUCAAAUACUUUCUGCUUUUACAGUCCAUUCUCUACGUAACACAAUAUUUCAAUAUGUUUAAUGUUUUAUUCAUUAUUUAAUGCCUUCUGGAAUAUCAAACACUGAUUUGAACAUUGCUCUAUAAUUAUUGAUAAACACUUUACAAUAGUAGUUUACUUAACUUAAAACCUAACUCUAUUUGUUUGAAUAUUAUGAUGCCUGUGAAUUCAGUUUUGUGUGUGAACUGACCUUCAAUGUAAUAAAGAAUACCUAUUAAUUCC